CGCUCAGUCCGUGGAUCUCCUCGUUCUCCCGCCCCGGCGUGAGAGACUUCUCGCAGCUCACCCUUGACCUGACGAGGAAUGAGCUUAUUGUGGGUGCCAGGAACUUCCUGUUCAGACUGGACCUCAGUAACAUGUCGCUGAUACAGGCGACGGAGUGGGCACCGGACGAGGACACCCGGCGGUCGUGUCAGAGCAAAGGCAAAACAGAGAUUGAAUGUCAAAACUACAUCAGAGUCCUGCUGGUGAACAAGACUGAGGUCAUGUCCUGCGGAACCAAUGCUUUCCAGCCCCAAUGCAUUACCAGAGAGGUGGGGAACCUGAGCAGCGUGUUGGAGCGGGUGAACGGCGUGGCUCGCUGUCCGUACGAUCCGCGGCACAACUCCACGGCGGUGGUGACGGAGAGCGGAGAGCUGUACGCCGCCACCGUCAUCGACUUCUCCGGCCGGGACCCCGUCAUCUACCGCAGCCUCGGAGGCAUGCCCCCCCUCCGGACCGCACAGUACAACUCCAAGUGGCUCAACGAGCCUCACUUCAUCUCGGCCUACGACAUCGGCCUCUUCACCUUCUUCUUCCUGCGGGAGAACGCCGUGGAGCACGACUGUGGCAAGACGGUGUAUUCUCGAGUGGCGCGAGUCUGUAAGAACGACAUUGGCGGGCGGUUCCUCCUGGAGGACACGUGGACCACCUUCAUGAAGGCCCGGCUCAACUGCUCGCGCUCGGGGGAAAUCCCUUUCUACUACAACGAGCUGCAGAGCACCUUCUACCUGCCGGAGCAAGACCUCAUCUACGGCAUCUUCACCACCAACGUGUGA